UAUAACUACAAUGACGACUGUUAAAUGUAAUAAUUGCAAUGUUGUGAUUAACGAGUUACUCGCUUUUAUACAAAAUAAAGCUGAUAUUAUGGAUGAAGAGAGCAUCAAUAGAUUAUGUGUGACUGCAUUUACCGACGAAGAGAUAGCUCUCGCCAAGAAGUUAUUGUUCGAGUCAGUGGAUACAUCAAGACGCAAAAUAAAAAGAAGAAAAGAAGGCAAAAACUUGCGGGAUCUUGUUGACAUUAUCGGGCUGAUAAAAGAAACGGAUCCUGAAAUAGUUCCAAUUUUUGUAGCCAGAGAACUUCACAAGCUGCCGCCGGUCACUUUUGACCACCUUGAUGCUACAAAGUUGCUGAGGGAUAUUAUUAAACUUCAGGACGAUGUGGCCACUGUGAAGGAAAAGUAUAUCUCCCGAGAAGAACUCAUUGGUAUGAAGCUGAUAAGCGCAUCUGAUGAUUGUAUAUUGAAUCGCGGCAGAGAUAAAUGUCCAAAAGAUGAUACAGCAGAAUAUGUCCAGGAGGGGGCAACGUCCGCAACGUUCGAGAAGCCGGUGUCAAGCGCAGGUGAUAGUGUUGUUUCGCUUAUGCGUACGAGUGCGAGUGAUAAACAAUCAAAGUGCGAUAAGGUGAUUCGUUGUAGGCGCGUGGAGGCCCCUACCGUGGUUCCGACAAUAACGGUUGCAUGCGAAACUGCAUCGCCAAUGCGCCCGGACGCUAAGAGUGAUAAGGACAUUAUAGUGAGGCGCACUGUGGUUUCGAACGAAGAUGCACCUGCGCGUGCGGCUGCGCGUAGUUCAUUGACUCCAGACCGUAAACAGCUGUCGGAUUUAUUGCGCGACGGUAGUGAAUGGAAAAAAGAGAUUCGUAGUGAAGAAUGGACUAAAGUACAGAGGAAACGUUAUCGAAAUCGUUUCAUUGGCUUGAAAGGUAAAGCGGAGAUUCUUCCUAAUUGUACUUUUAAAGCGGCAGAUGUUAGUAUUCCGUUUUAUAUUUAUAAUGUAAAUAAGGAAACUAGGAUGGAGGAUAUUACUACAUAUAUUAAAAACAAAACAAGUGUGUCAGUAUUAUUACUCAAAAUAGAUAUGAAAUUUAAUAAGGAAUAUGCGGCUUACAAGUUCAUGAUACCUAAAAGUAAAUUAAAUGUAUUUAUGAAUGAGAACUUAUGGCCUGACGGAAUAGCAUUCCGUAGAUUUGUUACAUAUAAAAGUAAGGUUAAUAAUUUACCGUCGAGUAUAUAAUAUAUUAGAUACUUAAUUUAU